UUGUUGUUCAGCUUAAUCCUGCUGAUCAAGAUCGGAAGCACGUCUGCCCACAAAGUUGACUGGCUCCAAAAGUUCACCUUCCGAUGAAAAAGACGCACCCCUCCUGAAUGUUUGUUACGGGCCUGUGCAGCAUUGCCGUAAGGUGUCGGGGCUGCGAAAUAAACACUGAGUUAACAUCAUUCCUACAAGGUGAGUAAGUAAUGGGGUCUUUUGUUGGACAUGUGAUUCCCGGUUCCAUGUUCUUCCUGGGUGCCACUUGGUGGACUAUACAGAUAUGUUACCACUACAUACUCUCAAGACAGAGAACAGGAAAGCCAUUCCGAUGCCAAGUGACAUUUCCAGGACCCGGAAAACUCAAACAUAUCCCGUUUGAAGGAAUCGUCAAGCUUGUGCUGUGUGGCUCUGGCAUAGCCGGUGAAGUAAUCACGGCCUUUCAGGACGGCAAGUUCGUACACCUGGGCAACGCGCAGCACAGCAGCAUGUACUUUUUCUUCGCGUUGAGCGGCGCCAUCGACGUGCUGGUCUUCUACAGGGUGGCGCUACCUGCCGGCAUCGACUACGUCGCACUCUGCCUCGGCUUCUUCAUCGAGGGUCUGCUCUUCGUCCAGCAUCUGCACGGCCGCAGCGAAAUGAACGUGCAGCUGCACGUGCUGCUCUACUACACGGUGUUCGCCUGCGCGCUGUCGACGCUGCUCGAGAUGCGAUACCGCUGCAACGCGCUCACCGUGCUCGCGCGCGCCUUCUUCACGCUGAUACAGGGAACCUGGUUCAUGCAGGCCGCACUCGUGCUGUACAACCCGCUGCCGGGCGCCACGUCGUGGGACGAGUCCGACCACGGUGAGAUGAUGAUGAUCACCGUCAUCUACACGUGGCACUACGCCGCCAAUAUUGUCUAUAUGAUGAUGAUUUACGCGCUCGUGCGCUACUACCUGCGCCGCCGUGGCCUGAAGAUCGAGUCACACGAGGAGGGCUACGCUCCGCUAGAUGUCGCCUACGGCUACGAACUGCGGCAGAAGGGUGGAGUCGGCGGGCCGAGGCCGAUCGAAGAGGAGGGGGAUGAUCUCCUGGGAGGGGAGGUUUAGCGAGAGAGAGGAAUGACGACGAGGCGAACGUUAACUGCUACAGGGAAAAGAAGGAACUCGAAGAAGAGAGAAGGGUGGACUGCCGCUCACUGUUCAAUUGCUGUGAAGUGAUAUGCAGGGCGUCAGCGCUGCUGGCAACUUGCUACUAUUGUUUUGUUGUUUUAUA